GUUGUUCACGUAAUCUGAUCAGAUCUGAUCAAAUCUUGAAAAUUGGUUGUUCAAAAGGAAAAGGAUUCUGAAAUCAGAUAAGAUCAUGAAAUCAAGUCUUGGUUUUCAUCUGGAUCAAAACCUUCACUAUCUGUUUCGCAGGAUCUGGAUACCUUUGAUCUGAAAAAUUAGCAUUAUUGUGAUCCAAACAGAAGGCUGGAUUUGGGGUGCAUUUCAGGAGGAAAAUGGAAUAAAACUUUUUUCUCUCUCUUUAAACAUAAAACUGGCGGCAUGGUGGCACAGCGGUUAGAGUUGUCACCUCAAGAGGAUUCGAACCCCAGGGUGGGGGAGCCCCUCUGUGCAGAGCCUGCAUGCUCUCCCCUUGUCAGUGUGGGUUUUCUCCAGGUACUCCAGCUUCCUCCCACAGUCCAAAGACAUGCAGGUUAAUUGGUGACUCUAAAUUGUCCGUAGGUGUGAAUGUGAGUGUGAAUGGUUGUCUGUCUCUAUGUGUCAGCCCUGUGAUAGUCUAGUGACCUGUCCAGGUUGUACCCCGCCUCUGGCCCAGUGUCAGCUGGGAUAGGCUCCAGCCCGCACGACCCGUAAUAGGAUAAGUAAGAACUUUAAGAAAUUAUAAUCUCAAAUUUCUUUGUUUUGUUCUCUUUGGCGACACCUGUGGCGAUAAGUGGUAAUUGCAGUGUUUGUUGACAGAAUGCCAACAUAGUGAUUUGUCACCCACACGAAGUAAUCUUGAAAAGUUUGUAUCUAGAUCAGGAUGCUCCAGUCCAAUGUCGAUCUUCAAAACCGUCACAAAAGGAAGAUGAAUCGGCUGAUCCUGGACGGCAGAACAUAGGAUUUCCAAAUACAAAUCAGUCUGAUCCAGAUUGAAGUUAACAGCUGGGCCCAGAUUUAUAUUCUGGUGCUUUUGAAUGCAAAGCACCAUCUUUGCACACAAAGCUCAUAUUGAAAAGUCCAAACAAACACUGGUAAUGAAGCGCCAGGCUGCACAAUAUCUGUCGUAAUAUUUGAGUUGGUCUUGUGGUCGUCUGUGGGGGGAUAUUUUAAAUACCCAAACCUUCCUGUGCGAGCAGUCAACGCUUUGCUGUGAAGGCCUGUGGGCCCUGUUAACUGUGAAAAGGGGAAGUUAUGUCAAGAAAGGAAAUUGUCAGAUGAUCAUAUGAACAGCAGAUCUGCAGCCCACACUGGCAGGCAGGCUCUCUGAAACCACACACACUCAGUCACAGGAUCACUGCAGCGCUGAACACACACACACACACAUAUACACGCCCAUGCAUUGUAAAUGAAACCACGAAAAGGCACAUAAGGCACAGGAAGCCCAUCAGCAACUGUAUGGACUAAAAAAAGGAGACUCGCUUUAGAAUCGUCACAAACCUGAGUAAGAAAAGUAGGGUAAGUAACUCAUAUGUGUUAUUUAACAAACAUUAUUUUAUUGUUUAGUGUGCUGCUGUUUUUUCUUUCUUGAUGUGACUCUAUAUCCCGCAAAGUGCUCCAGUGGAUUACCUUUAAACAAGAUAAUUUACUUCCUUUGUGGUGUUUCUUGCUGUCAUGGCAUGAGCACACAUGGUCAAUACAGCAUCCUUUUAAGCACUCAGGAAUCCUGUAAUGUACGCAGAUAUUCCCCAGGGCGUGUCACAUUAUCUCCCUCUGGCCUUUUGUCUUUCACCCGUUACACUGAACGAGCAUCUUAAAACGCAGUACAAUAGGACUCGAGCACUCGCAUCACUGCCGGACACUGCACUGCGGUUUUGUUUUUUAAUUGAAGGUCAGAUUUUUAGUUGAGAAGAUAAUCUGGAGGAGAGGAGGAAGGAGGAGUUACUUCUGACGGCUGGAGCACAAGGUGAAGAUGGACAAGUCAGAAAUGUUUGGCUUCUCUCUGGAGUCAGACGACAGGACGGAGGAGGAGAAAGCACGGCAGAAAGAGGCAAAGAAGGGCGGCCUGGUUUCUGCCCUGGGAUUGGGUCAGGAGUCGCCCAAGGCUCCCAUGGACACUGAUUACCAGGAGGAAAUGGAGGACCCCAAGCCACAGAUUAGAUUCAAUCUUAAUUUUGACAAAGGGAUUCGAGGCGUGGGGGAGCCCAGCACGAAGAGAGACAGCAAGACGUUCAGCAUCGACAGGUUGUUUGAAGCAGCUUCCAGCGGGGACGCCCGAGACCUGGACGGCCUUCAUCAGUACCUGCACCAGAAUAUGAAGAAGCUGUCUGACUCUCUGUAUCAGUCGUAUGGUAAAACUGCCCUGAUGAAGGCUCUGCUGCACCUCAAGGACGGCAAGAACGAGACAGUGGAACUGUUAAUUGACAUUUCAGAGAAGAUGGGAGACAUUAAAGAGUUUGUGAAUGCAGCAUACACCAACACCUACUACAAAGGCCAGACCGCUCUCCAUAUCGCCAUUGAGAGGAGGAGUAUUUCCUACGUGAAGCUGCUGGUCAGUAAAGGAGCAGACGUCCACGCCAAAGCCUGUGGAACAUUCUUCCAGCCACACGAUGGCCCCAGCUUCUACUUUGGUGAGCUGCCUCUGUCUCUGGCAGCCUGCACCAACCAACCCGACGUGGUGGACUUCCUCAUGGAGAACGGGUACCAGUCAGCGGACGCCAAGCUGACCGACUCUCAGGGAAACACAGUGCUGCACGCCCUGGUGGUGGUGGCUGACAACUCUACGCACAACACCGAGUUCAUUACCAACAUGUAUGACCGCAUCCUCAAGACCACCGCCCGCCUGCACCCCAAGCUGAAGCUGGAGGACAUCGAGAACCACAAGGGGCUGACGCCUCUCAAGAUGGCUGCCAAGACUGGAAAGAUCGGGCUUUUUUCACACAUCCUGCAACGGGAAUUCCAAGAGAGCAACACCAAACAUUUGUCCCGUAAAUUCACCGAGUGGGUUUACGGGCCCGUCCACAGCUCCCUGUAUGACCUGGCCUCCGUGGACUCAUAUGAGGAUAAGUCCGUGAUGGAGAUUCUGGUGUACGGCAGUGACAUCCCUAACCGCCACAAGAUGCUGCAAACGGAGCCUCUGGGCCAGCUGCUGGAGGAGAAGUGGAGGAUGUUUGCAGGCCGAAUGUUUUUCCUCAACUUCUUGGUCUACAUCCUGUACCUGACCAUCUUCACUCUUGUAGCCUACAAUAGGAAAUUUGGAAAGCCGCCAUUUCCUGUCGAAAACAACUUAAUGGGUUACCUGGAUCUUUCAGGCCAGCUAGUGAUGGUGCUGGCAAACUGCUAUUUCUUUCUCGUAGGGGUCGCAGAGAUGAAGAGGAAACGGCCAAAGCUGCAGACGUUGCUGAUUGAUGGAUAUUAUGAGAUACUUUUUUUGUUGCAGGGCGCCCUCUUCCUGGUCACAGCCGGGCUGUAUCUGUUCAGGCGGCAGGAGUACAUUGGCUUCCUGGUGCUGUGUCUCGCUCUCAGCUGGGUCAACACACUCUACUUCUCCAGGGGCAGCAGACACAUGGGCAUCUACAGCAUCAUGAUACAGAAGAUGAUCCUCAGUGAUAUCCUGCGCUUUAUUGUUGUCUACCUCGUCUUCCUCUUUGGAUUCGCAGCAGCGUUGAUCACUCUGAUUGUAAAGCCUCCGAACAACAUGACUGCUGUAACUCAGCCGCCACAAAAGGGGCGUCUCUUUGGUCCCCUUGCGCCUGACAAGGAGUGUGUAAAACCCACCUUUGAAAACUUCGCCUUCACCCUGCUGGAGCUCUUCAAGUUCACCAUCGGCAUGGGCGACGUGGAAUUCGUCCAGGAAGGCGAGAACAAGGGGGUUUUCUACAUGCUCCUCAUUGGCUACAUCGUUCUUACGUACAUCCUGCUGCUCAACAUGCUCAUCGCCGUCAUGAACCGCACGGUGGAGAGGACCACCAGCGAGAGCGCCAGCAUCUGGAAGCUGCAGAGGGCCAUCACGAUCCUGGACAUGGAGAGGAGGCUGUCUUGCUGUCUGAGGGAGAGGUAUCGCUGUGGGGUGGAGAAGAACCUCGGCACUGCUCUUGGAGACGACUGUCGCCGGUGUUUCAGAGUGGAGGAAGUCAACUGGAACAAAUGGAACAGCAACCUGGGCAAAAUCGAUGAGGAUCCUGGGUGCUGGGAUCGAGACCACCAGCCUACUUCACACAGACUAUCGAACAGACUAAACAGAGGGAGGAGCUGGAGAGACUUUUCCUUGGAAGGCAGUCUGUGGCGGCGGCAGACACAGCAGUCCACAGAGAUGACUCCUCUGAGCAGCACGCAUGUCUGAAGAGACAACAGAGACUUUCCACUGUGGCUGCUCAGCCUGACUGACCCGAGCAUCGAGGCAUUCAAACCUAAAGACAGUAUUCAGUUUCAGUUCCCUCAGAAAUGUAACUGUGUGUGAACUGCCUCUCUGAUACUCUCAUAUCAGGUUGAUUUUAAAUUCAGCAUUUGAGGCAAUAUUUCACUGAGAGGAGCAGUGAGGAGGACUAUAUUAGUGAUAUUUGUUCAUCCGACUGAUAUAAUGGUGUAAAAUAGUAGAAUUUAGAAUACAUUUAAGCGACAGUUCAGCCCAAAAAUACAUAUUUCAACUCUCACCUUUGGUGCUUUUUACCAAUCUAGAUUUUUUUUGGUGUGAGUUGUCGAGUGUUGGAGAUACUGGCCGUAGAGAUGUCUGCCUUCUCUCCAAUAUAAUGGAACUAGAUGGCACUCGGCUUGUGGUGCUCAAAGUGCUGAAAAAAUGAAUUUAAAAAAAUGUAACAGCAAUGUCUCUUUCCAGAAAUCAUGACCCAGUUACUCAAAAAUAAUCCACAGACUUUUGUUGUGUCUCAAAUCAGAUACUUAUAUAAUUGGUAUUUUGAUAAUGAUAAUAACAAUCAUUUACCAUCUCUGUUAUGUGGUGGUUGAUCUGUUCCUCUGUUCGGAGGGUAAGGAGUUCCUGGACCUUGUUGUUUUCCCAAGGCACAGAUUUUUUCAGCUGCUGUUGAGCUUCUUAUUUGAGCUAGCUGCUAACUGCUAACUGCUAGCAGCUGCUUUUUAAGUCUCCCACUGUAGCUUGUACAUGAAACAUGUCAUCAAAACGUGCUGUGCCACCCAUGGUCUCAUCCUGCUGGCUGUCCCAUUUAUACAGACGGUUGUUUUGGCGCUGUUAUGACCUCCAGUGCCGGCUUAAAGGUGUGACAACUCUGUGCACCCAUUCCACACUUUUACCUUUUAUAGGGAACGGAGAGGCUGGCAUAACGGCAUGAAAUUCCCGUCUAGAAGAGGCAGUGUAAAAGAAGCUAUUAACUCAUUAGAACUGCUGGUGAAACAGCCAACAGUGUGAGCCACGGACAUUCAUAAUGUGUCCUGAAAGCAUGUUCAUUUUUAAUAUACUAUGUGCUUGUGACAGUGCAAGAUACAAACAUUAAUGGCGUCCUCUGUAAUGUUAGCUAGCUCAUUGGUGCUAGAUGUGCUAGCAGUAGAUGCACGCUUCCCUCUGCAUGGUGAUGCGGUUGCUGGUAGUAGUUCUGUAGAAAGAAAAUAGUUCCAACAUGAAACUUGUCACAACAAGGUCUGUGGAUUGUCUUGAGUAUCCAGGUCAUGGUUUUUGGAAAGAGACAUUGCUGUUGAGUUUUUCAAAUUUAUGUUUUGCUGCUUUGCGCACCACAAGCCGAGUGCCAUCUAGUUCCAUUAUAUUGGAGAAAAGGCAGACAUCUCUACGACCGAUUUCUCCAACACUCGACAGCUUACACCAAAACAAUAUAGACUGAUAAAUAGCUCUACAGUAAGAUGAAGAAUAUUUGAUUUGGGGUUGAACUGUCCCUUUAAAAGAUAUAAUCCAAAGGUUUCUACACAUGCUGUUUCUGCCACCACCUGAACAGGAUGCACAUCCUCUCUGCACAAAGGCCAAAACCUGCCGGCACCUCUGACAUCGCUCAGAAUCCUUCAUGGAGUAAUACUGAUUACGAAGGUGCUGAUCCCGCCCUCCUGCUGUGUGCCCUUUAUACGAGUCCCAUUUUCAUCACAGCCAGACAAGCUAAAUCUACUGCAGCCAGAUAGUCCUGUGGAUUUCACAGCUUGCUUCGUCUACUCUACUUCCUGUUUCCAUUUGGCAGAGGCAGGCUCUGAUAAAUGGCAUGAAAGCACAGCAAUUGGUGCAACAAUCGCUGCCUUCAGCACAAGCUGUCUCAGUUACAAAUUAUAUAUGGUUAUGGCGGGCCUUUUAAACCGCUCAGCAACGUCUGAGGCUGAUUAUGUAAGAAUCUGUGAAUAGUACGUUACCUGAACUGUCAGACAUGAUGACAGUAGUUAAGUUGCUGUAUCCAGUGUUGCCAGAUCAGACUGACAAGUUUCCAGCCCAAUCACGACUUCAAUCCAAUUCAAUGAAAACCAGCCUAAAUCAUAACUGUGUCAGAAACCAAUGUAAAACAAUUACAUACACAAUGUUAUGUCAAAUGUGUCAAUGUUACACAAACAUAAAAUGUCUGAUAAUUAAUAGGGCUGGGACGAUUUGCUUUAAUCACUUGCCAAUUUAUAUAUAUAUUGCCAUUUUCAAGUAUUGCAACACAUUCUUUGCAAUUUUUGUUUAGUUUUUUAACACUAGACCACGGGGAAAAGUUGAAUCGUACAGUUUCGAGAGAUGGUAUAUCAUGAGACAUAUUCCAAAAAUGGUGCAGACUUCCCUCUGUGUCACUGGUAAUGAGGAAAUACAGUGAGUGCUGGACAGAGCAGUGAGUGACAACAACCCCGCCCACAUUUAAGAGAACUGUUUGCAGUGGAAACACUAGGGUCUAGGUACCAUGUCUGAAGGAUCACUUAUCCAAAGGUACCAUACUGAAAGUGUUUGGUGAAAACAGGGCUUUUGCCUCACUCUCUGCUACUAGGAGAACAUUUGCAGAGAUAAAAGCAGGCGGAAGCUCCAGGGAUGGACUCAGUAACAGCUGUAGCAACUUAAGUUCAGUCAACCCUAGCACCAGGGUUCACAUUAGGCUGGGUCUAAUCUGUGUAACAGCAGCAACAGAAAGUUUCAUGAUCUGGCGUGGAGUUUGAGCUGGGCUGGCUGAAUUUGAGUUGCUAUUUGAGAAGCUGAAGGUCAGUGUCCUCCGACCAUCCGCCGUUUCUGCUGUCUAACUUUGGCUGUGUUUUUAUACAGAUACGGGUAUGACGUCACAUUACUCACAGACUACCACAGUAUCACCUCUGCGUUUGAAAAUAUUGAAAAUUACUGAAUUAUAUUAUAUUGAAUUGAGGAAUUAUACCCCCCAAAAUGCGCCUCUGGUGUCGUGCUGCAACCACAUUAAAGUCAAAUACUGCCAUGAAGUGAGAACCCCAUCCCCAUCCCCCCUAAAAUCCAACCUAUUUAAAAACGGCAGUCCCUCCUCUGCAUGUAAGCGGGGAAACUGUACUGUUCCUCUGAAAAUUGAAGAUUAUUUUGAGAAGACACAAUGCAUGUGAAGAGUGUAAAUUGACAUGCCAUCCCUUAGCAUCUUAAACUGAUGCUGGAGGGGUACCUGAAGCGUCACUGUUUGGCGUGUAGAGCCACUGACAAAGUGUCGAUAUUUGACGAGUUGGGGGUCAAAAGUGGUUUGACUGGGAGGAAACCAGCCUAAUACGGCAACACUGGCGGUACCUCUGCAGAACUAAGGGAGCAGUAGAAAAGUUCACAUGUUGGCAGUGUCAGUUAACGUUGCAGAUAAUCCAAACUGCAGUUCAGACUUGUUUCAAAGCAUAAAUUAGAACUUUAUUUUAUUAUUACAAUAUUACAAAAAGAGUAGCACAACUCUCACGCUCUUGCCUCUUAUCUGUCGUACAGAAUGACACAAAGAAAGGCUCGUGGGCCUUCUUCCAUUUCACAGCAAUAGUACAAGAAACAAAAGAAGAAAAUAAAAUUUAAAUAACAAGCAAAUCAAGUAUUAUAAAUAGUCACAACUGCAAACUGAAGCUUUGAAACUUGGGGAAAAAAUGUUACAGCUCAGUAACUACACAUUGCUAAAAUAUAGUAUAAUUACAAAAUAUUACUCCGUUUUCUUGCUUUCCAUGAUAAAGAAUCUCUAAGGAAUUGCUCUGUCUAUUCAACAAAACUUCAAUAAAACAAAAAGACAAAAAAAAAAAGAAACCAAAAAUUGCUGUUUCUGUGUUUCCUCACCGUUUCUUUCUCCUUAUUAUUUGGGGUUUUCAUUAAAACCAUGCUCAUUUUCAAGGGAAGUCCAAGGACCAAACACUUAAGGCUUUUUAAGGGCUGUUAGGGAAUUAGGUGAACAAAACAUGGGCGUCAUUGUGUUUAUACACACACACACACACACACUCUCUCCCUUUUUCUCACACACACACACACACACACACACCCUAACUCUACCCACAUCAGCAGGCAACAUUCACACACAAUCGUUAAACUUUAAAGUUACAGUAGUCUAGUAGGUAAGCCAGUGUACAAUAAAAUAAACAAUGCAUUUGCUGUUUCACUUUAAACUUAAAAGUCAGUUUUGUUUACCUCCACGUGAUCUUGCAAGUGAUCAAUUUGGUCUUUUUUCAAGCAGACUUCACAUCAGAAUCAGUAGCAACUACACACAACUUAAUUCACUUAAGUUCCUGCUGUCAGGAUCAAAACUCUGGUGAGGCUUGUAGUUUGACUCUACGCGACAUUAGAUUAUUUCUUCUGCUCCAGAGUUUCGUCCUCGUAACUAACCUUCAAUAACUGCAAAACAAAUAAUCUCAACAUUCAAGUAAUACAUUUGUCAUGGUUACAAAAACAAAUCUGAAAAGGAAACAAACAUUAAAUGGCACAUCUUCAUAACAGUGUGUCCUUGUUUACAUGACUUUGGCCAUUUUUAGGUUAAUCUUUCAUGACUUUAUCUGCACUAAACAUUUCACAAUCUUGUAGCAAAACCUUCCUGGCACUGACACAAAAGUUAUUUUUUUUAAUCACCUGAAUUCAUUGCAGCAUUUUCCGCAGGACAGAGCAUCACCUUUUCAACAUACCUGCUCCCUGCUGGAUCUUGACUAUGUACAAACAACCUGAUUACAUGCUUCCUUAAAAAAGUAUGUUCGGUAUUUUUCAACAUGGACCCUUUUCCCCCGUGUUUUGUUUCUAAGUGAGUAAUGGAGACGACAGUUUUUAAAAUUGGUCUGGUAUGGAGCGAGAGCGCUGCAGCUGCUUAACAGGCUGCAAUGUGACCGCUUGGGGCAUGUUCACGUCAACUUACGUCCAAUAAAAGUUUUUGUUUUUGCCACUGACAGGCUCAGGUUAUUAUCCUGCAUUUAUGUGGUGUCAAAAUAAUCUAAAGAAAUAGUUCUCUCCUGGGAAAAUUCACAUGAACACCUCCUCGGAACAACAACUUGCAAAGUAAGCCUUGCUGAGUUGAUGUCAUAUUAUGCAGAAACAUGGCAGACGACAGUAAGUGUUAGUUUGAUGUUAAGAAACUUUUUAUUUAUUUGUGUACUGAAUAUUAAUUUUUGUUCAGAUAUAAUUUGUAACAUGGUAGCCUAUUAGGUUGUAACUUUGUAGUUGUCUACAUACAUUGACCUAGAGGUUAUUUAUUACCAUCAGUCAGGUAAAGCAAUAUAUUAGUAGGUUUAGGCGAUGUACUGGUGCAGCAACAAGUCUGGAUAAAGCAACAUGAAUCUUCACUGGGACGUUUAACAAUCUGAGCAAUAAAAUUCAACAUAUCUGUUGUGUUUCUUCCCCAUUAUGACUUAAAGGUCAUGAACAGGCCGAAGUUGGAAGAACUACUUCCCAACUUAGGAAAUGGGACCAUUUGAGGAGCACAUGAAUACAGCAAUAUUCUAAGUGUCUGACAACACUAUGGAAAGGAUCCCUACUGAGACAGAUCUUAAAGAGAAAGAUCCUUUUAGUUAAACCACUAACUGACCCGAAAUUGCCAUUGUCAAACCCACCAGACUCCAUUUAAAUAAACACUGAAUUUAUUGUUGUAAAACUCACCUUAUUCAAAGUUGACAGAACCAAAAUAAAACUUACAAAAGCUGUCUUGGUUCGUCUUUUCGCCGUUCCAACAAUCACCAGGUCUAGAUUGGUUGAAAUAAACCCUUAAUUCACCUUGUUAGAUAUGAAAAUACGCUGACUCUAUACAUGCUUAAAUUACUGUUUUUUUAAAUGGAGUCUGGUGGGUUUGGUGAUGAUGAUUUCGGGGCUGUUUUGGGUUAAUCAAGAACCUCUAUCUCUGCAGGGAUCCUUUCCAUAAUGUUGUUAGGCACUUAAAAUAAUAACCUGAGCCUGUCAGUGGCAAAAACAAGCACUUUUAGUGGAUGUGCACUGAUGGUGCGAACACCCCAAGUGGUUACACUGCAGCCUGUUUUGCGGCUGUCGGCUGCGGCUUUCUUGCUCAAUACUGGACCAAUUUCAGAAACGACUGUUCUCAUUCGUCACUUAGACACAAGAACACAAGAAAUCAGGCCCAGACCAAACUUACGCUUUAACUGACAGAGAGGAAUCAAUCUUGAACAGUCCUAUUAUACAAAUAAAUAAGUACAUUAAAAAGGAUAAAACCAAUGUGUACAUGUGCAUAUGGCAAGCUUUUCUAGCUGUACGUUGUAGUCUCCAAUGUCUGGUUCAUGUCUGGUUUAUUACUCUCUCUUCUGUCCUCAAAUGAUUGUUUACUCUUGAAGUUACAAUGAGAUUGGAGCGUUAACACCAAACUAGUCUGAGCCAAAAAUUCCUGACAUGACCCUGUAAAAAAAAAACCAUCUGUCAGUAGAUGUUGCAGUCUCUCAGUGAGGGAUCUAUCUGUAUUUCUUCUUUCUUACAUGCAUAAGAAAAUGUUAUCGGUAGGUCUGAAGUAGUAAUAACACAGGAUCUGUUAAGAUCCAGGCACACAGAUAGUACAGUAGAGGAAGGAGGGAAUGACACACACACACACACACACACACACACACACACACACACACACACACACAUACA